ACGAGGCAAAGGCAAACUCCUCCGCCGCCUCCCUCGCUUCGCCGACUGCCCAAACCCUUGCCUCGCUUGUUGCGGCGGCGGAGAGAGAUGGCGAAGUCGCUGCGAUCGAAGCGGGAGAAGCGGCUGCGGACGCUGCGGCGGGAGAUCGCGGAGCCCUUCUACGACAAGAAGGAGGCCGCCAAGCUCGCCGCGCAGGCCGCCGCCCUUGCCGCUCCCCCGCUCCCGGUCCGCGCCCCCCCGCAGCCCCAGGAUUCCGGUAGCUCCCGCGCCGCCGCCGCCGCCGCCGCCGCCACCUCCAGCUUGGCUUCGGCCAUGGAUGUGGAGAUGUCUGAUGAAGGAAACAACAGGCCUAAAUCCUUCUUGAAGCCAAUUGGCAGCAUUAGCAAGAAGAAGGUACAGCUUCAUUUGAAGAUCAAGAAAGACAAGAGAAAAGCUAGAAAGAAGGGAAGGUUUUCUUUUUCGAAGAAGUAGAGAUGUGAAAGCUUUUAUUGGACGAGUGAUGCAGUUUUGUUUGAAGUUUGAACAAUGCAUGUAAUGGUAAUCUUGUGCACAAAGUGCCAACCAUCCAUUCUUGGGUGGCUACUAAUAUGUUAGAAUGAGCUAUGAAAAAGGGCACUACCUAUUCAGUAGUUUCUGUCUUGUGGGUAUGAAUUUCACUUCAAGUAAUCAAAUUGCCCAAAUUGUGUUUA